GGCGGCCUCGAGCUGGCCAUCGACUUCGAGGCCGCGGACGGCGACGUCGACGCUCGCCUCGCCGAGUUGGUCGCGGGCGCGCCGAUCUCGCUCGUGCCGUCCUGCGGCGGCGUCGAGCUCGCCGCCGAGGCCGACGGCGCGGACCGCGACGCGCUCGCGCUCGCGCACGACUGCGCCGUGCCGCUGCUCCCCGCGUUCGCGCUCGACGACGCGACCGCGCGGCCCUCGCGGCCGCUCGAGGCCCUCGUCCGCGACCUCGGCUUCGGCGCGCUCCGAGGCGCGCUCGCGCCGCCGCGGCUCGAGCUCGUGCGCGACUACGCGCUCGCGCGCGUCGCGGACGUCCGGAGGCGCCUCGCGGCCCUCCCGCCGGGCACGCCGGCGCGGUUCUCGACGGUGAUGCGGCGCGCGGCGGGCCGCUACGACGUCGCGCUGCCCCACGACGACGACGAAGUCCUGGCCCGCCUGCUGCCCGACUCCGCGGCGCCCUGGCUCGGCGCGGUCCAGGCGCUCCUCGGCGAUCGAGCGCGGCGGGUCAAGGCGGGCGUCGUCUUCUCGCUCCCCGGCGCCCCCGCGCAGCCGUGGCACGCGGACGGCCAACAUCCGCUCGCGGCCGACGCCUGGCCGGAGGCGUGGCCCGAGCGCCCGAACGCGCUGUGCGCGUUCUUGCCGCUCGUCGACCUCGACGACGCGACGGGCUACACGACGUUCUGGCCCGGCUCGCAUCGCGUGCCGCAGCGCGAGAGCCUCGCGCACGACCUGCCCACGGCGACGCCCUGGGCCACCGUGCCGGGCAAAUUAGCCGCGGGCGACGCGCUGCUCUACGACUACUCCGUCGUCCACCGCGGCGAGGCGAACGCGACGGAGCACACGCUCCGCGGCAUCGUCUACCUCAUCUACGCGAACGAGGCCUUCGUCGACUCGGGCAACUUCGUGGAGGCGACGCUGCCGGCAUGA